AACCCGCAGCGCCCCCGGCCCGGCCCGCAGCGCCCCCGGCCCGCCCGCCCGCCGCCACGAUGCUGGCGCUGCUGUCCCGGCUGCUCGACUGGUUCCGCUCGCUCUUCUGGAAGGAGGAGAUGGAGCUGACCCUGGUGGGGCUGCAGUACUCGGGCAAGACCACCUUCGUCAACGUCAUCGCGUCAGGUCAAUUCAGUGAAGAUAUGAUACCUACUGUGGGCUUCAACAUGAGGAAAGUUACAAAGGGUAAUGUUACAAUAAAGAUUUGGGAUAUAGGAGGGCAGCCCCGAUUCCGAAGCAUGUGGGAGCGAUAUUGCAGAGGAGUUAAUGCUAUUGUCUACAUGGUAGAUGCUGCAGAUCGUGACAAAAUAGAAGCCUCUCGAAAUGAGCUGCACAAUCUUCUAGAUAAGCCCCAGUUACAAGGAAUCCCUGUUCUAGUCCUUGGAAAUAAGAGAGACCUUCCUAAUGCUUUGGAUGAGAAACAGCUAAUUGAAAAGAUGAACCUUGCUGCUAUUCAGGACAGAGAAAUCUGCUGCUACUCUAUUUCUUGCAAAGAGAAAGAUAAUAUAGAUAUCACGCUUCAGUGGCUUAUUCAGCAUUCAAAAUCUAGAAGAAGCUGAAGUCUUCCUGGAAUCUCCAGUACCAGUUGGCCAUAAUCUCAGUUGUCCACUUCCCUCCAUAAUGAGAUACUACCCAAAAAUCCUGUAUCAAGAAUCUGCCUUUUCACGGUUCAUUUCUCAUGUGCACUGCUGAAGACUUGUAUUCCUAUUCUGUCACAAAACAACUAGAGUUGUCAUGAUAAAGUCAGCACAAAUAUUUAUUUUACAACCAUCUGUGGUGGGAGGGUUGUGGGGGGGGCUUUUUAAAAGAAUAUCUCUACCAUGUUAACUAUGAUGGUACACUCUGUUCUGGUUUUUCAGGGCCAGGUUUUUAUAUGAUUUUCAGCAAGUGUUUUAUUUCUAGUGUUUAGUGGCUUGAAGAUGCUGAUGCUUGACAGCAUUAAGAUUCUGUAAGAUGCCACAUACAGUAGUUAGAAAACAUUUAAGCGUGAGUUGUGGGAUACUGAUUGAUCUCACAAAUGCAUGUGAUGUGUGUAUGUAAGCAGAGAAAUGGAAACUGUUUGCAGAGGGGAGCACAAGGCAUAGAUCAGCAUCACUAAUCUACAGCUGAGAUCCUGUCACUUGAAAAAGAAAACUCUCUUGAUGAAUUAGGAAAGUCAUGUGUUGAAAAUCAUUCUGUUGCUUCUGUUUAACGUUUAUGUGGGGGAUGGGAAUGGACUGUUCUGUCAAACUUUCAAAAAUUGGAGUAUUCCAGCAUGAAAACAAAUUGCUAGGAUCAUCAGGCUUUGUUCAAAUACAUUUUUCUAUCUCCAGAUACUCGUGGUCUCUCUCUGAAACCAGAACAUGCAUUCUGAGCAGCUGCAUGACACCCAAAUUACUGAUGCUCUUGUAUCGAGGCAGUUGUUGACCUUUAGCACAAUCUGUGUGUAAUUGUCAGUGUCUCUCUCCUGCUCCUGGAAUGGCUGGGCACAGUUUCACCUGGUGCUAUGGAAUACCUGGGCUAUUGUGACAACUCUAGACCCGCCUGCUUUCUUGAUGUAACCAUGUGCAAAGCCUGUCAGAUGCAAUGAAAUGUUCUGCUGUGUCAAAGCACAAGAGAGCCAAUGAAUUGAUCCUGUCUCUUGACUAGCUCCUGCAGCUUAGGGAAGUGUGUAUAAACUCAAGAUUAUAAUGUUUCUGUAGCUUUACUUUCUCAAUGACUUCAGCAUAUUUAAAGGGACAGCCUUGUUAAGACUGGUUUGUUCAUCCAGCAGUGUCAGUGUAGCUACUCGUGUGUGCAGAUCCAUGGUGCAGCUGCUUGUGUUGCCUCACACUGUGUGUGAUUCCUCACCUCUGUGUGGUUUGCAUCCCGUGGGAGCCUCGGGUUGGGAACACCGUUCAGUCCCUCUCAGUUCUGAGACGCCAGUGUUAACGCAGACUGCCAUGGCCUUACUGUCGUGUCCCAGCUCUGGCACUGUUGCACAGACACUACACGCUGCCUGCCUUCGGUCUGAAGCUGCAUUUUAAUUUUUUGUCCCCUUUCAGUUCUCUGAAGCAUGAUUUCAAUUUAUCCAUACUCUGGUGCUGUAGAGGAGAGGGUGUAUUAACUUGCUACUGUAGUCCUGAGUUCGCCAGAACUGCUACAGUUACUUUUAUUUAGCAAACUUGCUUGUGCCUAUAAUAAGGAAACUAAACUAGAAUGUGUGAAUCUUUGUGGGGGACCAGGUCACUGUUUAGUUAACUGGCCUAUAGCUAAACUUGAUGUGUUUGGUGUUUAUCUACUUCACUGCUUUCAGCGUUUAUGGCAUCCAAACACUACCAAUUGUUAACCUGUGCAUUACUCUCUGCAUGUGAACAACUUAUACAAUUACUGAACUUUGUAAAUACGUGAAUUUUUUUAUUUAGGUGGAUGCAUAUGUUGGUUUCCUGCUCUUCAGCUUUACUCAAUAAACUUAUGUUUUGAGGGUUGUAUUGACACUUAA